AAAAAAAGGAGGAUACGGGGAAAGAAGAUGAUGAUGCCGGCUCAGUGACUUCGGUCAGCUCACAAGAUUCUGGCUCUUCGACUUCAUCAUCUCGCGUGAGCCACAUAACGAAGUCAGAGAAGGCUCUGGAGCACCUGAAAUGUCUCAUUGAGUUCAUGGACACCAAUAUCUCUGGCAAAAUCGCUUACGUCCGCAGUGACGACUGCCGCACCGUCUUCUUCUCAGACCUCUGGCACUUUUUCCGCCCGGGCAUGGAGGUGGUUCGUCCCGAUGGCAAGCAAGCAUACCGCGUCGUCCACGUCACGAGCGCGCCACACCGCGUGGUACCGGCCUGGCAGAGCUGGUACAGCGGCCCAAACCAGGGGAAGAAGCGAGUCAAGGCAGCCUUCAGCAUCACUUGUGUGUACGUUGACUUUGACGGGAAGCAACUGGGGCCUGUGACGCGCACCUUUGAUAUCAAGCGCUUCGAGGGCCAGAGGGACGUGACUUCUCUCGAGGUCUACCCUCUGCGCUACCACCGUCUCAGCCGAGCUGACACGAGCGAGGCGGAGUGGAAGGAGCUCCAACAGUACCCAGUCGAACAACGCUUCAGGCAGAAACUCAUCCGCCGCGGCGUAAAGCACAUGUACUAUGACGGGCCGACGUUGGAGGUACGUGAAGAAGUCGAAAGCCAAGUGGUGGUGGACUUUGAGACUGCCUUUUCCUUCGAGGACACCCCCAAGGAGCAUCUGAAGAAACCUGACCUGGAGGUUCUCGUCGGAAAUAUUCCAUCGGCCGGCGACGGGGAGGAUGAGGGCGUGGACGAGCCUUGCAGGGGCGCUUGCUGUCGGGGAGAGCUAUUUGUUCACAACGACUCAUACGUCGACGACAACCAGCGCACCGAGUACGUUAACGGACUGCUGCCCAACACGCCCUCGCAGGAUGUCCCAUCGGUUGCCAUCAUUCCUCGGCCCUUGAAGGAGAUCCAGACCGGGCCUGGAAACCGCCCAGUCAUGGCGGACGAUGAGCUCGUCAUCAUGUCGUACCGCGUCUUUGGAUUCGUUCUGCGGAGCCGGAAAUGGGCCCAAUUAGAUCUCACUUAUCUUUCAGAUGUUCAAACCUCUGACAAUAUUCCCACUGGAACGACCGGAGAAGACCAGGCAAAAGGUGAGAGAGAAGGGGAAGGGAGUGACAAGAAGGACCCCGUCGCAGCCUUUGACCGCCUAGUUCUCGAGCAGGGGCACAAGCCAAUGAUUGUGUCUCUCAUCGCCCAGCACUUCCGAGACAAAGAGUCCAAGGGAGGCCAAACGGAGCAAGUUGAUAUUGUCAAGGGAAAAGGAAAGGGCCUAAUCUUGCUUCUCCACGGUGCUCCAGGAGUAGGAAAAACAUCUACAGCGGAGGGCGUGGCGGAGUUAUUUAAAAAGCCACUGCUCCAGAUCACAUGUGGCGAUUUAGGAACCACGGCAAAAGAGGUCGAGCAGACACUAGAGACGAACUUCACUCUCGCUAGUAGGUGGGGAUGUAUUCUUCUGCUUGACGAGGCAGACGUUUUCCUCGCUGAGAGAACCAAGGAGGAUUUCAAGCGAAAUGGACUCGUUGCAGCCUUCCUCCGCGUCCUAGAGUACUAUUCCGGCAUCCUCUUCCUGACAACCAACCGAGUCGGCGACUUUGACGAAGCUUUCACAUCCCGCAUUCACAUCAGCCUAUACUACCCCGAGCUCAACGCCGAAAAGACAGUCGAAGUAUUCAAAAUCAACAUGGAGAUGAUCGAGGAGCGCUUCACGCACAAGCAGCGCCGCAUCGACAUCGACAAGAUGGGCAUCGGCAGCUUCGCGGCCAAGCACUUCGCCGAGCACCCGCACGCGCGGUGGAACGGGCGCCAGAUCCGCAACGCCUGCCAGACGGCGCUGGCGCUCGCCGAGUUCGAGGCCCAGGGCAACAGCCACCAGGCGAUCCUCAAGCCCGACGCCGUGGUGAAGCUGACGGUCGGGCACUUCGACACGGUGCGCAACGUGUAUCUCGAGUUCAACAGGUACAUGAAUGAUUUGUACGGGUCCAAUACGGCGCGGCGGGCGAAGGAGGCCAAGUUGCGGGCUAUUUGGAUAGAUGAGAAUGAUCGGAUUGUUGGAGGGGCUGGUGUUGAUAGGAAAGCUGCGUUUGCGCGUGCGUUGCGGUCGAGUUCUCAGCCGGGAGGAUUCCCGCAACAAGGCUUCCAACAGCAGAAUUAUCAGCAACCGCAAGGCUAUCAACAGAAUCAGGGGUUCCAACAAAACCAAGGGUUCCAGCAGAAUCAAGGAUUCCAACAACCGCAAGCUGUCCAGCAGCAAGGGUUUCAGCAGAACCAGCAUUUCCAGCAGCAACAGCAGCAGCAAGGUUUCCAGCAACCCGGUGGAGGAAUGCAGGAACAGCAGCCGCAAAACCAUCCAAAUAUUAGCGCACCCCAGCCAGGUUACGGCGGUGCAACCCAGAUGGCGAUACAAGGACAGCAAUUCCCCGGCAGCCAAGGUGCGAAUAUUGCAUCUUCAAAUGUUCCGGGCGGUUCCUUGCAGGGAUCGCAGUUUGGGUUUGGACAAGGAGAUGGGGAAGCAAUGCCACAGCCGCGUCGCAGUCCUACGUGGUUUAAUCAGGGCAUCCAGGACAUGUACGUGGCAUCGGGUCAACAAGAGUCUGGACAAUUCCAGCAGGGCAAUCUCGCAGCGGUGGGAGGAGGAGGAGGAGGAUUUGGAUCCGGCCAGCAAGGUCCAGGAAAUCAGGGACUAGGAAAUCAGGGUCCAGUUGGAAAUCAGGGUCCAGUUGGAAAUCAGGGUCCAGUUGGACAUCACUAGCGGGCGUAUUUUUAUCGGUAUACUUUUGCAUCCAGACUGUUUCGGUUUAGAUCAAAGGCGCUGCGUUGCGUCUUGGCGAGAUAGAGUUUGGAUUGACGGGAGGCGGCCGUUUAACAAUUCCAGAUACCAGGGUAGAGCAUGAAGUAGUAGAUGGACGCUGGAGUACUGGUAGAAUAAAUAAUUCCCACAUGUUUUAAUGCU